AUGAAUAGUGAUGAAAUUAUAUCUGUUGUUGCUGAUAUUGGUAAUCUCUAUACUAGAGCAGGAUUUACAGGAGAUGAUUUUCCUAGAUGGAGUACUUUCACAAAAUGUACUGAGACAAUGCAAUUUGGAGAUGAAUCAUUAGGGUAUGGUAAUGGUUAAGUAUUGGACAUAUUAUAACCAUUUAAUCCAGAUUUAUAUGAAAAUUUAUUGAAAAAGAUGUUUGAGAAACUUGGAGUUCAAUCUAAAGAUUAUAGUUUAUUGUUAGCUAAUAAUUUCCAGACUAAACAUGAUUUAUAAAAAGUAGUGGAAAUAUUAUUUGAAAGUGUAGAAAUUCCAAAUUUCUUCACUAUUAGAAAUGCAGCCUUAUCUACAUUUUCAGCAGGUCGUUCUACAGCAUUGAUUUUAGAUAUUGGUGCAUAUUCAACAACUGCAUCUGCUGUUCAUGAUGGUUAUACAUUAUUAAAAACUCAAAUUUAAGCGCCAAUUGGUGGAGAAAUACUAAAUGAACCAUUUAGAUAAUUUGUAGUUGGAGAAUAUAAUUAAUUUAAAAAAACAUGUUUAGCUAGAGACAUUAAAUAAGGUUUAUUAACUUAUGAACAAAUUGAUACAACAUAAUAAUAUGAAUUACCUGAUGGAAAGUUUAUAUAAAUGUAAUAAGCAUAACUUUCUGAAAUUGCAGAUAAAUUAUUUAAUAGUAAUGAUAAUUUCAAAGGUAUUCAACAUAUGUUAUUGGAUAUAAUUAAUAAUUCUGUUAAUGAUAUUAAAUAAUAGUUAUGUUCUACUGUAAUAUCAACUGGAGGAUCAUCUAAUAUUCCUGGAUUUUUGAAUAAAUUAUAAACUACUUUAUCUGCUUUGGCACCACCUAUGUGUAAAAUUAAAUUAAUAAUAUAUCCAUCUAAUGUAUAAAAUUUAUUUUAAUUUAUUAGUAAAAUCGAUAUCAUUCAGUAUUUAUUGGUGGAUCUAUUUUGGCAUCACUUAGUUCUUUUUAAUCUCUUUGGGUUGCGAAGAAUGAAUAUUAGGAAUCUGGUAAAUUUAGUAUUAUAGAAAGAAAAUGUCCAAAUUGA